AGAGACACAUACAGCAUAAAAUGCUUUGCUAUUGUUUCCUUACAUGCAAAUAAAAUACAAGGGAAGAUAGAAAUGAUGUACAUCCCUGGAGAGAUAGCCAUUGGUCCUGGCAUUAAGGUAUGACUGAUCUCCUUUUCAUGUUUGGGAUGGCUGAACCCUAACCAGACAUGCUGCAGUACAAGCAGAGGGCCAGGGCUCCUCCUUUGUCAUUUUUUAGAGACGGAUCUGGAAGACCCCGUGGUAAUGAGGAUAGGGUUCGACUGGCUAGAGGUUCUACCAGCUAUCAGUGGAACUCUGAAAGCAAUUAUGUUUAUUACAUUGAGGAUGAAGAUGAUGAUGUAGAGGAAGUGAGAUGGGCGGAACGAGAAGAAAAACGACUGGAUGGAUGGAAAAAGCAGUUCAUUUCUAGCCAUGAACAUGGAUCCUAUGAUGAUGACCAAGACAUACGUUUACUUUCUCCCUCUGUUUUUGGAAAUGCUCGCAGCAACUUGCUACAUAUUAAUGUGGGUGGAACAGCUUACUUUAUAUCUUACAUGGUAGCAGCUGGUUAUCCCAAAACCCGGAUAGGGCGAUUGGCAACAUAUACUGAUCGGCAACGUAAACUAGAUCUAUGUGAUGAUUACAACCCAGUAGAGGAUGUCUAUUUUUUUGACCGUGACCCAGCUUUAUUUCAUCAUAUCUACAACUUCUAUCGUACUGGGGUGUUGUGGAUAAGGGAUGAGUUGUGCCCUCGCAGUUUUCUGGAAGAAAUCAACUAUUGGGGUGUAAGGGUAAAACAUACUCCUCGUUGCUGUCGGAUAUCAUUUGAGGAGAGGCAAGAUGAGCUCAAUGAGCAGUUAAAGAUCCAAAGAGAACUUAAAGCUGAAAUGGAGACCGAGGAGAAUGAGGAAUUCUUUAGAGGAAUGUUUUAUGGACAGCUGAGACGCCGUAUCUGGAACUUAAUGGAAAAACCCUUCUCUUCAGUCACAGCCAAGGCCAUGGCGGUAGCAUCCAGCUUCUUUGUUCUCAUAUCGGUUGUGGCUAUGACACUUAACACAGUUGAAGAUAUGCAAUACAAAAAUGCUGCUGGGCUUGCUAGUGGUAGACCUUAUCUGGAGCAUGUGGAGACCAUCUGUAUUGCAUUCUUUACUCUAGAGUACAUACUACGUCUCAUCUCAACUCCAGACAUACAGCAUUUUUUGCGCAGUGUUCUAAACGCGGUGGACCUCAUUGCAAUAUUGCCACUCUAUUUACAAUUGCUUCUUGAAACGUUUUCUGAUGAGGAUGAAGGUGGUAAAAGGUCCAGCCAUGAGCAUGAAAUAGAGGCUGUAGGACGAGUCGGCAAAGUUGGACAAGUACUUAGAAUAAUGAGACUGAUGCGUAUAUUCCGAAUCCUUAAGCUGGCACGCCAUUCUACAGGACUAAGAGCUUUUGGGUUUACUCUUCGACAGUGCUACCAACAAGUGGGCUGUCUAUUCCUCUUCAUUGCCAUGGGAAUCUUUUCUUUUUCAGCUAUGGUCUACACGGUUGAACAUGAUGUCUCUGGCACAAACUUCACAAGUAUUCCUCAUGCCUGGUGGUGGGCAGCAGUCAGCAUCUCUACGGUGGGAUAUGGAGACACUUACCCAGAAACUCAUCUUGGUCGUCUGUUUGCUUUCCUUUGCAUUGCUUUUGGGAUCAUUCUAAAUGGAAUGCCCAUUUCCAUUCUUUAUAACAAGUUUUCAGAUUACUAUAGCAAACUAAAAUCCUAUGAAUAUACUACAAUUCGAAAGAAAAGAGGAAAAGUUGAUUUUACCGGUCGAGCUAUGAAGACAAUAUCUGAGUGCUGUGCUUUGCCAACACGGCAUCUGCCAGGACACCACUGAAGUGAUCUACGAAGGAUUAAUCUGUAUCUCUUACACUGACAAACUGCUUAUUUAAAGGUACCAUCAUAGAAAAAUUAAAACUUUUAGGAGAAGCGAAAUAUUUGCAAAUCUAUCCUAUCCUCUACAUUAAAGCAGAACUUUAUCCAUAACAGUUUGAUAACAAUUAAUGUUCUUUAAUAAAAGGAUAUACAUUCUACAUUAUUAAUUGUGCAACCAAAAUUAGUGCGCUUUAAAUUGCCUCCAGCAAUGCUCUUCUUGCUGAAGGCUGCCAUUUUGUUGAAGAGUAGUCACUUUCUGCAAUAAAAUAUGUACAUCCUUUGUGUGUCUUGGCUCAAUUUGAAAGGAAGGCUGACAGAAGCUUUACAGUGCUCAGUCUCAGAGAAAAAGGAUCGAAUAUCAGGCAGAUAAGAUAUGACAAUAUCCUUGUAAGUUUAACUAUUUUGUGUCUCCCUGGCAGCAGUUUGUCCUGUCACCUCUCGCGCUUUUCUUUUCUCCCUCCCAAAUCUUUGUUCCCUUCACACAGUCUGUCAUUUCUGUUGCUUUCUUACCCCUUCAGCAACAGUAAAUCUUAAAACUAUCAGCUGAUCGGCCUCUAGUGGCUCUGUUUUUAAGUACAGCGCUGAGAUUCGAUAGCA